AUGUCUGCAAGCUCGUCUCCUUUUAGACCAUCAAAUACACCAGUAUACAUUGAUGAUUCACUUUCACCAGUGAAGCUACCAACGAGAUCACUAAUGAAACCACCACCGCCAUUUUCACUACCAAAUAAAUCAUCACAACAAGGCACACCACCAGUAAAAGAGACAACAAACACAAGUCCAUCCAAACCAGCGCAGCACAAUAUUUUGAAGCCACCCUAUACGGAAAAACUCAACAAAACUACUUUUCUCAACAUCAGCUCAGCUCAGCGUCGUUCAACUAUAGGUAACCCUGGACGUUCAUACUCUUCUGGUGAGCGUCGGAUGCUAAAUCUCAGGUCGCCGUCAUCAUUAAAUAAACCAUCACCAAACACGGUCUCUACAACAUCUCCAUUACACAAGAGACGCAAACCUGCUAAUUUGAACAGUAUUCAAAAAUCAGCUAGGGAGGUUGAAUUGUACAUGGACCAAUUGAAUGAGGAACGCGAAAAGAGAUUGAAGCAAUCUGGAUUUAGGUCAAGUAUGUCGGAGGCAGACGAGUUAAGUUCGCCAAUAAAGAGGAAUACCCUACACUCACAUCGAGAUGCAGUAGAAUUAGACGAAAUCAAUGAUGAAAGGGAGGCAGCCGAACCUGAAAAGAGUCUUGUAGAAGAGGACGAGGAGAUUAUGAUUUUGGAAGACAAGGGUUCGAAUAAAGCCUCUGAAUCAGUCGAGAAUAUUGAAAUUGGAAGAAGGGAUAUAAUUGACACUAUAAAGGAUUUUGGAGCCAACAUAGAUGACCUGCGGAGAAGAAAAAGGAACCUAAAUGGGACAACAGAUUAUGAGAAGACCAACUCUAGUGAUAGCGAUCUUGAGAUUUUGGAAGACAACUUCUCGCGUGAUCCAAGUCAAACUUUAACUCAUAAUCAAAUGACUAGAUUGAUAAAUGAACUGAAGCAGGAUAAAUAUUCAACAAAGACGCCAGAUAGAAUGACUGAACCACAACCACAGAGGCCACACCCACAUCAUGUUAAAACAAGUACAGUUGAUAACGACCAAGAGGAUACAGUUUUAAGUCCAUUGAGACAUGAUUUGGGAGCAGUCGACAAGUUUCAAGAUGAGGAACAAGAUGUCAAUGAGUUUGAAGAUGAACCAACCAUGAAUUUCUUAGAUUCGCAGAAUUCAAGACCUAUGUUUCCUCUUACAUAUAUUGAGAAAUUACAAUCCGACAAUCAAAAGGAAUUGUCACAGGUAAAUGAUGAUCUUAAACAACGGGAGUUGCAGAUUAGUCAAUUGAGUGAGGAGUUGGCCAAACAACGUGAAGUUGAGCACAAAUUGAAACAUGAACAGGAGAUUAACCAGUUACAAAUAAGACAACUUGAGCAUGACGUGGCUUUUUUAACCAAGCGUAAUAAAAUUUUAGAAUGGUCAAACUUGAGCUUUAAACGUAAGUUGAAUGAUUACAAAAUCACUGUGAAUGAAGUGGAAGAGACGAAUCGUGCCUUGAUUGAAAAGAACAAUGACUUGGAUGAAAAGUUUACCAAGCUUCAGAAUGACCACAGUCAAGUGCAAAAGGAGCAUAUUGAAUUCACGAUGAAAGUGGAUGAUUUUGAAAGUGACAAAUUGCGUCUCGUAAAUGAGAAAGAGGAAUUAGUGAAUAAAUUGUAUAACAUUGAACAGGAGUACGAAUCCAAAAUUGAUCGCUUAGAGGAGAAUUUGAAGUUACUAGAACUGUCCGAUAAUGAGUUAAGGCUGGCCAAUAAUGAUCUCAAGACUAAACUUGAAGCUUCAGACGUCAAAAAUGAGCAGUUGCAGCUGGAGAAAGACAACUUACUGGCUAAGAUUGAUGAAACUGAGGGUCUCAUUAAUGACCUAGAUCAUUUAAUUGCUACGCAUAAGGAGGAUUAUGAAAAGGAAAUUGUUGAGUUGAAGAAUAAGCACGAAAAGGAGAUUUCUCAAUUAUCUAUGGAUUUGAGAUCUGUCAAACAGAAUGAAGCCCAACACAAGCAGUUGGUCGAUGAAUUGACACAUGAGCUCGAAACCAAGACCAUACAGUUUAAUGAUCUCAAGUCACAAAUUGAUUUACAAGUAAAUGAACUAGAGAAAGCUGCCUCGGAGAAGGAUCAUCUUGAAUCGAAAUUGACUCUUCUUCAAAAUGUUGAGUCAGAUAAAAACCUUAUUGAAUCAGAAUUGAUUGAUUUGAAAAACAAAUAUGAAACUGAUAUUUCUUCCAAAGAUGAUGAGAUUUAUAAUCUCACUACCAAGCAUAAUCGCUUACAAACUGAAAACCAACAAUUCAAAUCGAUAAUAAGCGAAUUGGAAACUCAAGUACAAACUCAAUCACAAAUAAUCACAUCCAAGGAAUCCGAUAUAUCAACAUACAAAUCAGAAAUCGACAAACUACUCAAUGCCAUAAACUCCCUCAAACAAGAUCUCAGCACCACGGAAUCUAAAUUGACUCAAUUAAAUCAAGAAAUAGAAAUGUUACACACAAAUCAUAAACGAGAUCUUAAUUUACAAGAAGACAAAUUGGUCAAAUAUUUACAUCGUGAGUAUGCUCAGAAACACGCGACAAAGAUGAAUGAAUUUAAAUUGUAUUAUGAACAAGAAUUGAAGAAUCGCGACUUGACUAUCAAGAAAUUAAAUCGAGAUUUUGAAUUUGUGCUGAAGAAUUUAGAAGUUUCACGACAAAAGUAUAAUGAAUUAUUGGGCGAGAAAGCGGAACAAAGUGAACUGUGA